GAGAGGCCGCCACGGCUGGGAAGGGGCCGCCGGCGGCCAAUGCGCAAUUGGCUGGUGCUUCUGUGCCCGUGUGCGGUCGGGGUCGUGCUGCACCUCUGGCUGCUGCUGCUCAGCUGCCCGGCCGGCGGCCCCGGGAAGCAGCACCCGGCAGGUCUACUGGCUUUCUUUCCUCACUGGAAACCGAAGCAUUAUGAUGUCGUUGUAGGGGUACUGUCUGCAAGACACAAUGAAGAGUUGCGUAACGUUAUAAGAAGCACUUGGUUCAGGCAUUUGAAGCAACAUCCAGGAUUAAAUCAACGUGUCCUUGUGAAGUUCAUAAUUGGUUCACGUGGAUGUGAUGUGCCAGUGGAAGAUCGAGAAGAUCCUUAUUCAUGCAAACUUCUGAAUAUCACCAACCCAGUCUUGAAUCAAGAAAUUGAAGCAUUCACUUUGCCAGAGGAUGAUACUUCGGUGCUUUCGGAAGACAAAAUUGUCAGUGUUCAUUUCAAAGUCCUUUACCCGAUAGUUAUCACAAGUCUUGGGGUUUUCUACGAUGCUAAGGAUAUAGGAUUCCAGAGAAACAUCACAGUGAAACUGUACCAGGCAGAACAGGAGGAGGCACUCUUCAGUGCUCGUUUUAGUCCUCCUAGUUGUGGAGUACAAGUGAACAGACUUUGGUACAAGCCUGUAGAACAGUUCAUUCUGCCUGAGAGUUUUGAAGGCACUAUUGUGUGGGAAAGCCAGGAUCUUCAAGGCCUCGUGUCUAGAAAUCUUCAUAAAGUGAUGGUGAAUGAUGGCGGAGGUGUUUUCAGAAUCACUACGGCAGGGGAAGGAUCAUUGCCACAUGAAUUUACACAAGGUGUGGAGGGGAUCACAGGUGGUUUUAUUUACACAAUUCAAGAAGGGGAGGCCCUUCUACAAAGCUUGCAGAGUCGCCCUGAAAGGAUUGUGCAUCAUGUAAAUAAGCUUGAAGAGGAAGAUGCCUUAUUGAAGGACGAAAGCAGCGCGUACGAUGAUAUUGUUUUCGUUGACGUUGUUGACACAUACAGAAAUGUUCCAGCUAAAUUAUUAAACUUCUAUCGAUGGACAGUAGAAUCAGCAAGCUUCAACGUGUUGCUGAAAACAGAUGAUGACUGCUACAUAGAUUUAGAGGCUGUGUUCAACAGAAUAAAGCUUAAAAACUUGGGCAGACCAAAUACUUGGUGGGGAAAUUUCAGGUUAAAUUGGGCAGUUGAUCGGACAGGGAAGUGGCAAGAACUGGAGUAUCCAAGCCCUGCAUACCCAGCCUUUGCUUGUGGGUCUGGUUAUGUUAUCUCCAAAGACAUUGUAGAAUGGCUUGCAAGCAAUUCAGAGAGACUAAAGAUAUAUCAGGGGGAAGAUGUGAGUAUGGGUAUUUGGAUGGCAGCAAUUGGGCCGAAACGAUAUCAGGACAAUUUGUGGUUAUGUGAGAAGACAUGUGAGAGUGGUAUGCUAUCAUCUCCUCAGUAUUCUCCCCAGGAACUUACAGAUCUAUGGAGAAUAAAAGAACUUUGUGGAGAUCCCUGUAAAUGUGAAGACAGUUGAAGACUUGACAAAACAGCAACAGCUUCAUCUGAACAGUGUCUAACAGUACAGAAGUUUUCAGUUAUGCGAUAGGGGAAAUCUCAUAAGGCCGCUUCUCACAGAG